CCGCCUCUACGUCGGCCAGGAGCCAAUGGGAGCGCAGGAGCCUGGAACCUUGGCCAAUGGGAGCUGAGGUGGGCGGGCCAUCGCGGGGACAGGCCCUGGUCCGGGAGCUGACCGCCAGAUGCCACCCCCGGAGCUCGGACCCCGAAGCAGACAAACCAUGUGGACCCUGGUGAGCUGGCUAGCCUUAGUGGUAGGGUUGGUGGCUGGAACAAAGUGCCCAGAUGGUCAGUUCUGUCCGGUGGCCUGCUGUCUGGACCCGGGAGGAGACAGCUACAGCUGUUGCAAUCCCCUGCCAGACACACGGCCCACAGCAGUGAGCCAGCAUCUGGAAAGCCCUUGCCAGAUCCAUGCCCAGUGCCCUGCCGGCUAUUCCUGCCUCCUCACUGUCUCUGGCACCUCCAGUUGCUGCCCGUUCCCAGAGGGUGUGGCAUGUGGGGAUGGCCGUCACUGCUGCCCCCAGGGCUUCCUCUGCAGCGCUGAUGGGAGAUCCUGCCAAAAGUCAGAUGACAACCUCUUGGGUGCUGUCCAGUGUCCUGACAGCGAGUUCGAAUGUCCUGACUCCUCCACCUGCUGCAUUAUGCUGGAUGGCUCCUGGGGAUGCUGUCCCAUGCCCCAGGCCUCUUGCUGUGAAGACAGAGUUCACUGCUGUCCCCACGGGGCCUCCUGUGACCUGGUCCACACCCGAUGCAUCACGCCCACAGGCACCUAUCCCCUGGCAAGAAAGAUUCCUGCCCAAAGGGCCAAUAAGGCAGUGGCUUUGCCCUCCACCGUCUUGUGCCCUGAUGCACGGUCCCAGUGCCCCGAUGAUUCUACCUGCUGUGAGCUGUCCAGUGGCAAGUAUGGCUGCUGCCCAAUGCCCAAUGCCAUCUGCUGCUCUGACCACUUACACUGCUGCCCUCAUGGCACUGUGUGUGACCUGAUCCAAAGUAAGUGCCUCUCCAAGGACAACGCUGUGGACCUCCUGACCAAGCUGCCUGCACGCCCAGUGCAGGAGGUGAAGUGUGACAUGGAGGAGAGCUGCCCAGAUGGCAACACCUGCUGCCGCCUCCAGUCGGGGUCCUGGGGCUGUUGCCCGUUUCCCAAGGCUGUGUGCUGUGCAGACCACAUCCACUGCUGCCCGGCGUGGUUUCAGUGCCACGCGGAGACAGGGACCUGUGAACUGAAGGGCCUCCGUGUGCCCUGGAUGAAGAAGAUUGCAGCCCACCCCAGCGUGCCAGAGUCCAGAGCCUUCAGGAGUGAUGUCCCCUGUGAUACUUUCACCAGCUGUCCCUCCAACAACACCUGCUGCCGACUUGUUUCUGGGGACUGGGGCUGUUGUCCUGUCCCAGAGGGCGUCUGCUGCUCAGACCACCAGCACUGUUGCCCCCAUGGCUACGCAUGUACAGCCGAAGGACAUUGUCAGCUGGGGAGCAGGGUAGUAGCUGGCCUGGAGAAGAUGCCCGCCCGACAGGUGUCUCUGUCCAAAAUAAGUGACAUCGGUUGUGACCAGCACACCAGCUGCCCAGUAGGACAGACAUGCUGCCCGAGCCUGAGGGGGGGCUGGGCCUGCUGCCAGCUGCCCCACGCGGUGUGUUGUGAGGACCACCAGCACUGCUGCCCAGCUGGGUACACCUGCAACGUGAAAGCCAGGUCCUGUGAGAAGGACGCGGGCUCCACCCAGGCUGCUGCCCUUCUGGGCCUUGGUUCUAACGCGGGGAACGUGGAGUGCGGGCAAGGGCACUUCUGCCACGACAACCAAACCUGCUGCAGAAAUAGCCGGAAAGGCUGGGCCUGCUGUCCCUACGACCAGGGUGUCUGCUGUACCGACGGGCGGCACUGUUGUCCCAUUGGCUUCCGCUGUGCGGCCAAGGGAACCAAAUGUUUGCGAAAGGAGACUCUGCGCUGGGACGCUCCUUUGAGGGGUCCUGCCCCAAGACAGCUGCUGUGAGGGAGGGGCUGGGGAAUCGAAGAAAACUCCACAGCUCUGGCGGCCCUGAAGAGGGUAUCCACCACUCAGGCCUCCCCAACACCUCUUCCUUCAGAGUCUCUCUGCCCCACCCAUUCUGAGUCUCAGUCUACGGGCCUCCUUGAUGCAGAGGGCUGUGGCUAAAGGCACAUUACAAACUGCCAUCCCCUCCAGUUUCUCCGAACCCUGUGGCCAGGUGCUUUUCCCUACCCACAGGUGCGUGUGUGCUUGUGUACUUGUGUUUUGCUCCAAUAAAGUUUGUACACUUUGUUAA